UUCAGAUGCAACUCAAAAUACAUAAAGCCUCCAUGUUGCACAGGGAAUGUAGGGCCAGCAGAUAUGAACCGUUUGCCUAGAAGUGUUAGCUAACUUCAACGCUGAACAACUUUGCGUUUGAUACAUGUUUUUGGGCAAGAACAAUUCUCCGACGGGCUUCCUGGGGUUUUCAACGCUGUUCCAGACACGGCCUCACAUUUUGGAUGAUCGCAGCUUCACAGCUAACUCGCUAACUCAAGCUACUUGCUAACUUCAGCUAGUUAGCAAUUCAACGGCGGUUGUUUUUGUUUUGUUUUUUUUUAAGCCACACAUGCUCACGGUGUUGCCCACAAAAUACUUGUUUGCAGCGAUGAUAUUUUGCGGAGAGCUAUAAAUGACAGCCAUUCACUGGCUUCCAUUCACCACCGUGCUAGCUGGCUGGCUACCCCCGCUGCCCCAAACACUUCGCCACGGACAGUUGCCUGGCUUUGUGGGCUAGCUGGUCAUCCUCAUCUUAAACAGCUAGCUAAUAGUAGCUAGCAAACCAAGCAGGCGCGCUAGUACGAAUAACAUUGUGGGAAACAAAAGAGGAAUAAACACCCGUCUCAAUGGACCACAUGUCCAUCAUAACCCAAGUUUCCAACCCAAAGGAGGAGGAAAUAAUAUCUUUUAACCAGGAAAAAGCGUCCCAGUCGAACAGCAGCCUAAAGAAGCAGAGGAGCCGGAGCAUCUUCAGCACAUUCUUCUGCUGCUUCCGCAACUACAAUGUGGAGCCACCAGCCACCAACACCAGCUCCCUGCCUCCACCUGUUGAGGAGAACGGAUCACCUCCCAAGUGUGACCAGGUCGAGGUCAUCCCUGUCCCUAGUCCACCAGCCAAAUACCUCCUACCAGAGAUGAAAAUAUCUGACUAUGGCAAAAAGUGCGUGGUGAUUGACUUGGAUGAAACGCUCGUCCACAGCUCAUUCAAGCCCAUCAGCAAUGCUGAUUUUAUUGUUCCAGUGGAGAUCGAUGGUACCGUUCAUCAGGUGUAUGUGCUGAAACGACCCCACGUGGACGAGUUUCUUCAAAAGAUGGGAGAGCUAUUUGAAUGUGUGCUGUUUACAGCCAGUCUUGCCAAGUAUGCAGACCCUGUGGCAGACCUGCUGGACCAGUGGGGCGUGUUUCGAGCACGACUCUUUAGAGAAUCCUGUGUUUUUCACAGAGGAAACUAUGUCAAAGACCUCAGCCGGCUCGGACGAGAGCUCAGCAAUGUCAUCAUUGUCGACAAUUCACCUGCCUCUUACAUUUUCCACCCAGAAAAUGCUGUCCCAGUCCAGUCCUGGUUUGACGACAUGAAUGACACAGAACUCCUGGACCUGCUGCCUUUCUUUGAGGGACUCAGCAAAGAAGAUGAGGUUUAUGGAGUCCUGCAGAAUCUGAGAAGCAGGUAGCAGGACACACCACAGCGCCACCCAUGCUCUCCAUCCUCCUCUCUUUCGAUCUGUGUCCCUUUCUACAACCACAUCUCUCAGACUCAGGCAGAUCCUCCCACACGCGCCCUUCUUGUCUCUGGCCCAAGGGGAUGCCUUGGAGUCUCACUGUGGAAACCUUAAUCCUGUCUUUGCUCUCAUCUCCUGGUGACUGGCUGCCUUCCGUGUGCCAUCAGAAAAAAAAAACAAACACUUAAUAUCCCAGGAGCACUGUGUCUCACAAAAAAACACACCAGAAAGUGUACAGAGCGUCCUAAGAUGGUAAUAUGGGGGACAGAAUGCUAAGAGAAAUGAACUCUGGUCUUUAUUUUCAAACCAACAAAGUUUUACUAUUCGGUGAAGUGCUUAUUUUAAAACCAAAAAAACAAAAAAAAACAAAACAUCUUUUUGUCUGAACCUUCUUUUGUGGUACCACACAAAAGUCUGAAAAGAUUUUGUCCUCGUAUUGUUGCUAUGCAGGCAGUUUCUGGUAGUAGAAAGGACUGUGAUUCUCUUUUCUUACUGAAUGAAGUGCCUUGUGUGAAUGUUGUUUAUAUGGGGAGAUAUUUUGUACAUGGCAUAUUUCCAGAGUACUUCAGUCUUUUCACACACAAUAUGCUUUAAAGUGGACACAGAAGUAUCUUUAUACAAAAGUUUUACUUAAGUCUUUUUUUUUUUUUUUGAUCAUCAAACGCUGGGUAAAUGUCUCCGUAUUAUUCUUUUUUUCACAAGUAUGCUUGUGCCAUUAUAUAGAUGUGACUUUGUUUCUUUCUGCUUUCAUUAUACGUAGAAAUAGUUCAUUUGUUUUAGGCAGCGGAGUACGUUUGCAAUUUGCGUUUGAUAGUUUUGAUCUGAAAGCUCAGAUAAAAUUGUGCCAUUUGUUUUCCUGUCUCCCACAUUACUCUCCCUCUUAUCUCAUUUUAUUAUUUGCCAAAUACGGAAAUGACUUUUUAACAGGCUUCAUAUCUUUAACAGGGGUUCAGCUCUUAACUGUUAAACCAUUAGUACUAAGUAUAGCAUUAUAGGUUUUAUUCUUUUGACAAAUAGAUGUCACAUUCAUUUGUAUAUUUUUUAAUGUUAUAAGGUCCUUGUUUGUCAAGUCAUGCUUAUCAGACAGCUAGCUUUUAGCUCACUUGUCUUCUUUCUUUUUUUCUUUUUUGGCACGCUGUUAAGUGGCGCAGGGCCCGCCCUUAGGGGGAUUAUCUUUCUCAAGACUAGUACACAGUUGCAAAGGUAUCCUUUUUGUUUUUUCAUAUGGUCUGGGAUCUCACUUUAAAUGGGUCGAGUGCCAUGUUUUUAUUUUUUUCAUGAGUUUAGUGUCUUUAGCGUUAAUAGGAUAGUGUCAGAUUGAGUCUGGACAGUGUUGAAAUCACACCAUUCUCUCCUGAUUUACAUACGGUGAAGGCUUGGCCCCGU